GGACGGGCGGGCUGAGCCGGCCGGGGCCGGGCCUAUCUGGACUGGAAGCGUUGACCUGAGCUGAGCCGUGCCCUGGGGAAGCGUGUGUUGGCCGCGCCCAGCACUGGAGGAAGAGCCCCAAGCUUUUCGGGCUCGGAGGUGCAGGUUAAGCUGGGAAGAGUCUGCCUCCCUGGCGGCCUUGCGCCGACCGUUUCCCCGCCACCCCACCCCCAACACGCGAGUCAGCGGUGUCUGGCAGGGGAGGAGAGCCGAAGGUGGCUCCGAGAGAAACUAGCAGUGGGAGAGGUGCAGUUCUUUGGAUCCCAGAAGCACCCGAUCUGUGUAUACAUUGAAGAAAUUCUAUUAUCUAUUUCCAGUCCACUGUAAUGUGGUUACUGUUCAUAGUUGGAAGUGGUGAGAGAGAUGGAAGAGUGUUUAUGAAGAAGUGUGUAUAUAAAUACAGAAGAUGAUGGAAAGAAAGUAAAAGGAACAUUGCAUAUUUUCGAAGAGAGCUUGUAGCUCAUAGAAUAACUCUCAGGUGACUUGAUUUAACCCCAUACUCUCUCUUCUCCAAUUGAAAGUCAUUAUUUAAGGGACCAAGUUUAAUGUUUGUCUUUUUCAUAUCUUAAUAUGGCUUAAAAUAUUUAUCUUCGUCUAGAAGUUCAUUCAUAAAUUUAGUGAGAAGCAUAGUCUCACACAAAAAAAAUCAUAUUGUAUCACUUCAUCUUUGGAAAUACAUUUGAAUACUUGAGAUCAUGGAGUUUGCCAGGCCAUUAUGGAUUAUUUAUGAAGAGUAAUUUUUUUUUUAAAUCAGUUUUCCUCUAGAAGGAAGAAAAGGUGAAGAAAAGGUGGGACGUUAUAAUUGGAAUUAGUAUUCUUUGCUAAGGUACUGACAUUUGUAGCUGUCCUUACCAAGGUUAUUUCUUUCCUUUAAUAAGUUAACAGGUAAAAUGGGCUAGUUGAUUGCCUAAGUCAGUGGGGGAAUCUAACUGUUAAAGAGGUAGCAUUGUGUUUUGAUCGGCUGCGACUGCAGGAAACUAGAUCGUGGCACAUGGUGGAGAAGGCACAUUCUUUCUGUGCGUGCAUAUUGAUAGACUGUGCCGUGCCACUCCUAAAGCAAAUAAAAAGCUACUACAGCAUUUUCGUUACAGCAUUUUUUGGGGGUAUGAUAGUUGGACUUCAUUCUGUAGGUUAAAUUUUAAGUUUUUUAUUUUUGUUUUUAAGUCUAGUCCUUGUUCUGUAUAAUACAGUCUGAAAGCAAACUCUGGUUACUUAAUUGUUGUUUAGAUUAGUGGAGCGUUUUUGUAGACUUCAGAAGUUGUUUAGUCACUGAACAACAUUUUUAUCAAGAAGAAAUGGCAGUCAUUUUUCAGCACAAAAGUAAAAUACAGUGAUUAUUUUCACUUUUGAUCAGACAGUUCAUUCUUAGAAAGUGAAUUGAAGAGAAUGUUAUCAACAUUACACAGGCUUUUCUUGAAUAUUCUUGUCUAAACAACUAAAACUAUGAAGAUUUUUCCAGCUAAGUAGCGGUACCUAUUACUGUGGGCUAUUCUCACAACUGAUGUAUUCAAAGCAUUGAAACAGGUUAUCUUUUUUGUAAAUCUAGUUUAACCAAAGGUAAACUUGAAUAUCUUAUUAUGUAAUGGUAUUAGUUCUUUCCCUAAGUGUUGUCAAGAUACUCAAUAUUUGUUUCAGUUUACUGAUAUUUGUGUUUUUGGUAAAUGUCUAAACUUUCAAAGAAACGGAGAUUUUAAGUCCAUUUAGCCUAACCAAUUUCAGUGCCCCUUCAAAGAUGAUCCCUACCUGUUAAGGAGACUCAAAAUGUAGGUGUAAUGGAAAGAUUCAGCUGGCUGUGUGACCUUCUGCAGGCCACUUUCCCUCUGUGGAUCCAUUUCCUUUUCUGUUGAAAAAAAUACACACACGCAUGUUAUGUCUAUGUGUGUGUGUAUCUCCAAGAUACCUUAUUCUCUUUGAAUCAGUGACAUAGCAGGAAAAGUAAGACAAGUACAUACGUAGGGCAAGAACAUGUUUUCUUUGAACCAUGCAAGGUGCAUUUGAAGUUUUGAGGAGAAGGAUAACAGCUGGGAGUUCAACGAAAGCUUCUUGAAGAAAGUGGUAUUUCAGUGGGACCUCAAAGGAUGGGUAUAAUUUCUACCAGAGGAGAUACUGCAGGAGCUUUCCCAAGAACUCUUACUAGUUUCUGAGUUCAUUCUGACUCAUGGCGACCCCAUGUGUGUCAGUAGAACUGUGCUCCAUAGGGUUUUCAGUUUCAGAAGUAUAUUGCCAGGCUUUUUUUCCGAGGUGCCUCUGGGUGGACACAAACCUCCAACUUUUGGUUAGCAGCUGAGCACCAAUCGUUUGCUCCACACAGGGAUUCUGUCAAGGAGAAUAAACAGGUAGUUAACACAUAACAUCGUGGUGACAUCCUGCUUUUCAAAACCUGUGUUAAUUAUCUUGAACCUCUUUAUUACCUUUAUGAUUGAGUGUAUAACUUUGAGGCGUAUUGAAGAACGGAAACCCUGGUGGCAUAGUGGUUAAGAGCUACGGCUGCUAACCAAAAGGUUGGCAGUUCGAAUCUACCAGGUGCUGCUUGGAAACUCUAUGGGGCAGUUCUGCUCUGUCUUAUUAUAGGGUCAGUGUGAGUCGGAAUCAACUCAACGGCAAUGAGUUUUUGUUUUAUUGAAGAAUAGUGGGGUUUUAUCUUUCCUUUUCGCUUAAACUAUUAGUUUUGUUUUUACCUUAAGUGGGUUACUUGUUGCUGAAAUUAAAGUUUCUUCCAAAGAUAAGUUUUUGACAGAUGUUUAUAUCUAAGUGCUUGUCCUUCUUAAGAGUCACUCUUACCCUUGAAAAUUCUGUGAUCUCUCCUCAGUUUGGCACUUGUUCAUGCCUGUAAUUGCCUUGCCUUUUGGGUGACAGUUCUGAGAACACAAUGCUACAUCAUAGCAGAAAUCUUUUUGAAGACAUUUUGAAUCAGGGAUCCAGAUUUAGCCAUAUGUGAUGCUACCAGUGGAAAGAAUACAAUCCAGGUAACAAGGAGAUGAAAAGAUAGUUCUUACUAAUGGUUACUACCACCCAUCUGCCUGUUUGUCCUGGUGGCUUACACAUUCCUGUGAUGCCGGAAGCUUACCACUGGUAUUUCAAAAACCAGCAGGGUCACCCAUGGUAUUCAGGUUUCAGCAGAGCUUCCAGACUAAAACAAGGAAGAAAGGCCUCGUGAUCUGCUUCCAAAAAUUAGCACUUGAAAACCCUAUGGAUCACAGAAUAUCAUCCGAGACUUUGACUUGCUUACUUUAGACACAUCGUUCAGAAGGGGCUGAUUGCUGGAGAAGGACAUCAUGUCUGUUAAGGAGGAUGCUCUUAGAAAUGGAAAAAUAAUAAUAAAAUGAUGGCCAACUUGGAGUUGAAACCUAAAAUACAUGAGAUUUUAAAAGAAGGCCUCGAUGCUAUAAAUGAAUUCUAACCCAGCUAUGGAAAGAACUAGCAUGUGAGAUUUCACAACCACUGUUGUUAAACCUUGAACUUGGAGAAAUGGUAGGUUCCGGAAGACCAGAAAUGGAAAAUAUCUUCACUUUCAGAAAAGAUAAGAAGGUGAAUUCUGCAAACUUUAGACUGGGUUAAUUAGAUUGUGAAGGAUUUUAACAUUCCUGGGGACUAAAGGAUCAUUUUCACUUUUGCUCCAGAGAAAGCUCUGAAUCUACGAAGUAGCCCUUAAAGAGAAACCCUUUGUGCGGGUUAUAUAUAUAGAUGUUUUCAUGAAGAGGAGUGAAAAGCCAGAAGGAUAUAGACAAAUGAGGCCUAAGACCUUUCCUGCCAGUAACUAUACUGGCAGCAGCCGGCAAAUGUUGCAAGAAAUUCGGGAAUCUCUUAGGAAUUUAUCCAAGCCAUCUGACACUGCUAAGGCUGAGCAUAAUAUGAGUAAAAUGUCAGCAGAAGAUCCCCGACAAGUCAGAAAUCCACCUAAAUUUGGGACGUAUCAUAAAGCCUUGCAGGAAAUUCGAAACUCUCUACUACCAUUUGCAAAUGAAACAAGUUCUUCCUCUCGGAGUACUUCAGAAGUUAAUCCACAAAUGUUUCAGGAUCUACAGGCUGCUGGAUUUGAUGAGGAUAUGGUUAUACAAGCUCUUCAGAAAACUAAUAACAGAAGCAUAGAAGCAGCAAUUGAAUUCAUUAGUAAAAUGAGUUACCAGGAUCCUCGACGGGAGCAGAUGGCUGCAGCAGCUGCCAGACCUCUUAAUGCCAACGUGAAACCAGGGAAUGUACAACAAUCAAUUAGCCGUAAACAAAGCUGGAAAGGUUCUAAAGAAUCCUUAGUUCCUCAGAGACAUGUCCCACCACUAGGAGAAAGUGUGGCUUAUCGCUCUGAAAGUCCCAACUCGCAGACAGAUGUAGGAAGACCUUUGUCAGGAUCUGGCAUAGCAGCAUUUGCUCAGGCUCACCCUAGCAAUGGACAGAGAGUGAAUCCCCCGCCACCACCUCAAGUAAGGAGUGUCACUCCGCCACCACCUCCAAGAGGCCAGACUCCCCCUCCAAGAGGUACAACUCCACCUCCACCUUCGUGGGAACCAAACUCUCAAACAAAGCGCUAUUCUGGGAACAUAGAAUAUGUAAUCUCUCGAAUCUCUCCUCCUGUUCCACCCGGGACAUGGCAGGAGGGCUAUCCUCCACCACCUCUUAACACUUCCCCAAUGAAUCCGCCUAAUCAGGGACAGAGAGGCAUGAGUUCGGUUCCUGUUGGCAGACAGCCAAUCAUCAUGCAGAGUUCUAACAAAUAUAACUUUCCACCAGGGAGGCCUGGAAUUCAGAAUGGUAGUGGUCAGUCUGACUUUAUGAUACACCAAACUGUUGUCCCUGCUGGCACCGUGAAUCGGCAACCACCCCCUCCAUAUCCUCUGACCCCAACUAAUGGACAAAGCCCCUCGACUUUACAAACAGGGGGGUCCGCUGCUCCUUCAUCAUACACAAAUGGAAAUAUUCCUCAGUCUAUGAUGGUGCCAAACCGAAAUAGUCACAACAUGGAACUUUAUAACAUUAAUGUACCUGGACUACAGACAACUUGGCCUCAGUCAUCUUCUGCUCCAGCUCAGUCAUCCCCAAACAGUGGACAUGAAAUCCCUACAUGGCAACCGAACAUACCAGUGAGGUCAAAUUCUUUUAAUAACCCAUUAGGAAAUAGAACAAGUCACUCUACUAAUUCUCAGCCUUCAGCUACAACAGUAACUGCUAUUACACCAGCUCCUAUUCAGCAGCCUGUGAAAAGCAUUCGUGUAUUAAAACCAGAGCUACAGACUGCUUUAGCACCAACACACCCUUCUUGGAUACCACAGCCAAUUCAAACUGUUCAACCCUGUCCUUUUUCUGAGGGUACCACUUCAAGUAUGACUGUUAUGCCACCUGUUGCUGAAGCUCCAAACUAUCAAGGUCCACCACCACCUUAUCCAAAACAUCUGCUACACCAGAACCCAUCUGUUCCUCCAUAUGAAUCAAUACAUAAAUCUAGCAAAGAGGAUCAGCCUGGCUUGCCCAAGGAAGAGGAAGGUGAAAAAAGUUAUGAAAAUGUUGAUAGUGGUGAUAAAGAAAAGAAACAGAUUACAACUUCACCUAUUACAGUUAGGAAAAACAAGAAAGAUGAAGAGCGAAGGGAAUCUCGUAUUCAAAGUUACUCUCCUCAGGCAUUUAAGUUCUUUAUGGAGCAACAUGUGGAAAAUGUACUCAAAUCUCACCAGCAACGUCUACAUCGUAAAAAACAAUUAGAGAAUGAAAUGAUGCGGGUUGGAUUAUCUCAAGAUGCCCAGGAUCAAAUGAGAAAGAUGCUUUGCCAAAAAGAGUCUAAUUACAUCCGUCUUAAAAGGGCUAAAAUGGACAAGUCUAUGUUUGUGAAGAUAAAAACACUAGGAAUAGGAGCCUUUGGUGAAGUCUGUCUAGCAAGAAAAGUAGAUACUAAGGCUUUGUAUGCAACAAAAACUCUUCGAAAGAAAGAUGUCCUGCUUCGAAAUCAAGUUGCUCAUGUUAAAGCUGAGAGAGAUAUCCUGGCUGAAGCAGACAACGAAUGGGUAGUUCGUCUGUAUUAUUCAUUUCAAGAUAAGGACAAUUUAUACUUCGUAAUGGACUACAUUCCUGGGGGUGAUAUGAUGAGUCUCUUAAUUAGAUUGGGCAUCUUUCCAGAAAAUCUGGCACGAUUCUACAUAGCAGAACUUACCUGUGCAGUUGAAAGUGUUCAUAAAAUGGGUUUUAUUCAUAGAGAUAUUAAACCGGAUAACAUUUUGAUUGAUCGUGAUGGUCAUAUUAAAUUGACUGACUUUGGCCUCUGCACUGGCUUCAGAUGGACACAUGAUUCUAAGUACUAUCAGAGUGGUGACCAUCCACGCCAGGAUAGCAUGGAUUUCAGUAAUGAAUGGGGUGACCCAUCUAACUGUCGAUGUGGAGAUAGACUGAAGCCACUAGAGCGGAGAGCUGCACGCCAGCACCAGCGCUGUCUAGCACAUUCUUUGGUUGGGACUCCCAAUUAUAUUGCGCCUGAAGUGUUGCUACGGACAGGAUAUACACAGUUAUGUGAUUGGUGGAGUGUUGGUGUAAUUCUUUUUGAAAUGUUGGUGGGACAACCUCCUUUCUUGGCACAGACACCAUUAGAAACACAAGUGAAGGUUAUCAACUGGCAAACGUCUCUUCACAUUCCACCACAAGCUAAACUGAGUCCUGAAGCCUCUGACCUUAUCAUUAAACUGUGUCGAGGACCAGAAGACCGCUUAGGCAAGAAUGGUGCUGAUGAAAUAAAAGCUCAUUCGUUUUUUAAAACGGUUGAUUUCUCCAGUGACCUGAGACAGCAGUCGGCUUCGUACAUUCCUAAAAUCACACACCCAACAGACACAUCAAAUUUCGAUCCAGUUGAUCCUGAUAAGUUAUGGAGCGACGGUGAUGAGGAAGAAAAUGUAAACGACACUCUGAAUGGAUGGUAUAAAAAUGGAAAGCACCCUGAACACGCUUUCUAUGAAUUUACCUUUCGGAGGUUUUUCGAUGACAAUGGUUACCCGUACAAUUACCCAAAGCCUAUAGAAUAUGAGUACCUUACCCCACAAGGCUCAGGGCAGCAGCCAGAUGAGGAUGCUCGGCUCCCAGGCUCAGAGAUCAAAACCCGUGACCUGGUGUAUGUUUAACAUGCUGGGAGACGGCUGAACCUGGUUCUGUAAUGAAGAUUUGCAGAAAGGCCUCAAAUGCAGGGUUUUUUGAGGUUCUGAGAGUAAAAAUAUGCAAAUGUUACAGAGCUAUGUAUGUGUGCUCUGUGUACAAUAUUUUAUUUUCCUAAAUUAUGGGAACUCUGUAAAAUGUUAAUUUAUUCCCACCUUUUAAAUCAGUAAUUUAGAAAAAAAUUGUUAUAAGUAAAUUAUGAACUCAAUAUUAUAGUCAGUUCCUGGUACUUUAAGUACUUAAAAAAAAAAAAAUAGUGCUUUGUUUAAAAGGAAAAGCCUGGUAUCUAUUUGUACAUAUGCUAAAUAAUUUUUUUAAAGAAUUUUUGAAAUUUUUGGAAAGACAGUUUUAGUUUCAUCUUGCUUUAACCAAAUAUGAAACAUACCCCAUAUUUACAGAGUUCUUUUUUUUCUCUCUCUCUCUCUAUAACUUUGUUUUUGAUACAAAAUAAGCUAGAGAAAUUAAGCCAUCACGUUGGUACGUGUUCCUGGGCUAAGGGUAAUCUGUAUAACCCACAUCCUUGGACUGGGAAAUACAAGGCUGAGACAACAGUCAUACGGUCAUCAGAAGGAAAAAUAAUGCAGCUUCCCCCCCCUGUGUAAUAUGUAAUCUAGCAUGUAGUUCUCAAGAAUUACUGGCUUUAAAAGAAGCCAGAGCGCUACCAUUUUUCUUUCCAUAUUGAUAUUUUUAAUACUACUUCCAUUCUAAAAGGAAACAAAGCUGCCAUAAAUCAAAGUUCUGGUCUAUUAAAAGCUAAGUUCUUUGAUGUUUUUAUUUCAAGAUUUAAAAAUAUUUUUUCAGCCAUCCUAAGAGCUUCUUCUGUUUCAUAUGAAACUCGGAUUAGUAAUUAUUGGUGGGUGCUCACUGGGAAAGUGCCUCUUCUGUACAGUGCUGCUUUUGGUUGUGUCAUUAGUAAUGUUAGAGGUUUCCUCUUUCACAUUGUGAUUGGCAAAGAAAAUCUGGCUCUUUGGCAGUGUUUUAGCUGAGGGCAGAUUAAUUGAUGAAGAAAAUAAUAAUUAAGUCAGUUGAGAUGGCCAGUAGCAAUUAGGAAAAGUUACAUAGUGGUCUUAAUAGAAAAUUCAAAUCUCCUAACUUAUUUAAGGUUAAAUAAUGUUUUUCAACAUCCCUAUUAUAUAAAAAAUUUUCUUUUUUUUUAUUAUAUAUGCUUGGGUUUUAAGGACUCGUGGUUUCAUAACAAAACACGUUUAGCUUGUCUUUUAGGAAGGGGAAAAGGGCUCUAUUCUGACAUUAGUAAAUUUUAUAUUUUAUUUCCUUUCUUAAGCUCCACUGAUAAGGAAUUGUUUUAUCAAAACAAUUUGUGGAUAGAGGCAUAAUUCUAAUAAUUCUGAAACUCAGCUUCAUUUAAAAGCUAAUGGAAACCGUAUAUUUAAGUAAAAUUAAAGGCAAAAUUGUUGCAGUUGAACUAGGGAGAGGGCAAAUAACAUUUAUUUAGCUCACACUUCCCACCUUUCCUCAGGUGGCAUUCUCAGAGGCCAGCUUUAAAAUCACUGCCAUGUAACGGUGGGUCUUUUGAGGUCACUGGUCCUUUUGAGAAUCUGAUAAAAGCUGUGGACUCUCUUCCCCAGAAAAAUACUUAUCAACACAUACACAUUAAUGUUGCAUACAGUUUCGGCAUUUUGGACACGUUGAAACCUAGACUCUAGGUUAGGCCCUCUUGUCUUAUAAUAAGCUUGAUUUAUUAAACUAAGAAUUUCGUUUUUAAUUUAUUCAGUACUCAGAUUAGCACAUCUUUGUAGAAAUGCUGAUAAUAUGUGAUGGAAAAGAUCUGUGUAGCACGUGAGAAGAUGGCCCUAUGAAUGCCUCUCUCUUGCAGGCACAGCACUAAGAUGUUUUUAAACACACCGUUUUGAGGGCACUGAAAUACAUACAUUUAGCUUGUUACAGAUUCGUUACAGUGUUUCUGCAGGACUUCCAAUGAGAGAAUUCUAAACAUGUACUAUAAUGUUAUGGCAGUCUUGGUGGCACACUUGAUCAGUCCCAUAAAAUCCUAUGCAAGACAAACUAGUUCAAGAAUUUUGAGAUCAGUACUCACGUUUUAAAGAUAUUACUUUUGCUUAAGAUUUUUUUCAGUGUGAUUUAUUUAAAUUUCCAUUUAGUUGUUUUACUUCUGGACAAUGGAGCAACAACAGUACUAAACUGACUUUGUUACACUUGCAUUGUAGGAAAACUGAGGUGCUGUCUGCCUCUUCCUACCCCAUAUCCCUCAUCUGUAUGCCCUUACUCCUUAAAUGUAAUGGACACUACAAAUUUUUACUCUUAAAAUUUUCUCUGACAGUAUAAGCUUUUUGUGUUUAUCUGAAGCAUUAUACAAGUCUUUGGUAUCUGCAAUUUAAUAGUUUAGAUACACUUAUUAGCUGUCUUAUUCCUAAAUUAUAUCUGGUUCUUCUAUAAUAAAAUCUGGUGCUUCCUGACCAAAAAACGAGAACUACAACAUCAAAAAUAUAGAUGGCUCUCAACUGAAAUAGUGAAAACAUUGGUUAUACAUGUUUUCAUUUAAAAAUAAUUUUCCCACUCCUUAAAAAAUGUACUGUCUUUAUCAUACUUACCCCUUUUUAUGCAUAUCAACUAUUUAUAAAAUGUGCUGUAUAAUUAUGUAAUUGUAGAUACUAUUAUGUAUUGUCCAGUGGUAUCCCAAGGCAGGCCCUGUUGCUGUAUCUUUUCUACUUAUGUCUUUGUAAUAGAAACUCUAGAAUGUAUGACUAAGAAGUCACUUUGAGAUUGACUUUUUUAAAAAGUUGUUACCUUCUGCUGUUGCAAAGUGCAAAACUGUGAGUGGAAACGUUUUAUUCUGACUUAAUAUGUUAGAAAUUAGAGAAUGCAGUAGGAGGAUUUUUAGACAUUGCUGCUGCUGUUGCCCAAGGUACCUUUAGGAAAAAAAUUUUAAUAAAGAAAAACAAAAAAAAAAUUGGUAUUUAAAGUGAAACAUUUAGCCUGUUUGCUUUAACCUAAAGCAGAAAGUAAUUUGGGUCAACAUAUUGGUAUAUUUGUAAAGCGCCUUAAUAUAUCUCUGUGGAAGGCAGUAUACCAGUUUACUUUUAUAUCGUAUUGUGUAUAUAAGUAUUUUGUAUUAAAAUUGAAUCAAUGACUACACCAGAAAAAAAAAAAAAAAACUACAGUUUUAUAAAAUAAGGCUUGGUUAGGAAAAGGAAGUACAGCUUUGCAAUAUAACUAAAUUGUUUUGCAUACUUAAUGAAUGUAGUAGAUAUCAGUAAUCAGCCUGCGUUUUUAAUGAAUCUAUUUGUAUUUUCCAAAUCAUUUUCUCUAGUGUAACAUUUUCUGGGAUAAUAAAAAAGCAAAAUUCAAAUCUUUCAGUUGUGGGCGGAAAGCUAACUUUUAAGCUA